UGGCUGGAGCCCCGGGCUGUGGCCCCCAGAGCCUCUCUUCUGUCCCUUUGGUGUGUGGGAAAGAACGAUACAGAUCUGGGUCGCAAGCAGCUUGUGAUGUUGGGCUCACAGAGCGCAGAGGUGGGAGCUCUUUGCCCAGCGUCCCUCCCGUGAGGUGCAGGUGAGGGUUGGACAUAAGGCCGUGGUGAGGGUUGCACGCGUUCACACAGAAAGCGCUUGGAGCAGCGCCCGCGAUGGAGCAAGUCCUUGGUGACUGUAACUUAGUGCUGGUGGAACUGUCACUGCCGUUAAUCUCGGAGCUCCCGUUCCCACGUGCAGGUUACCGAAACAGUGGGGCAGGUGGCAGGAUUGCGCCUCUGGCCCUCGUGGGUGAGUGAAGCCAUGUGCCUGGUUUGGGCCAGGGAGAUGGGAGCGGAAGAGGCGUGUGUCUUCCAGGCCGUGUGCGGGGUUCCCAAGCGCCCUCUCUCUUCCCUGUGGCUUACUGACCGGUGACAGGGUGCUGCUGUGUCAUCUGGGUCCCUGGGGCUGAUAGUGAUGACAAGGACACUUCUCACAGUCACCCCCCCCCACUACCCCCGAACCAUGAUGCAAGUGGUAUGAGCCAGAGAGAAAUCGCCAUCCUCCGAAGCCUCUGAGAUACGGGGGUGUUUGUUGAUGCUGCAGAACCUGGCCCAUCCUGAUUAAAGCGGACAGGCCUGAGCGGGCCGGGAGUGGUUGGGGGACCACCCCUUCUGCGUGCGACGCCCAGCACGGCAGAGGCCCCCGGUGGUCAUGCGUUUCGCCUGGCUCCCUUCCUGACCAGAACUCUCUACCGUUUGCAACAAGUGUUGCUUCAUCGUCCAGGAGGGUUGCACAGCCUUGACCCCUCACCUCCUGUCCUGUGCCUCCUCUGGGAGGGGCCUAUUCCCCUGGGUAAACGAGCGCAGAGCAACCCCCCAAGCCCUUCCCCAGAGCAGCGUUUGCACACUAGCAGAGUUGGCUUCCACUCCGGUAGGUCUAUCAGCUUGUAAUAAGAGCACGGCCUCCUGGCUAGCAGAGGCUGCAGCAGCCUGGAUCCCGGCUCAAUCUCGGAAGCCAAAGAAGCUGUCCUUCCUCAAGUGUGCUUAACCUGCGGGAGCACCGAGGGAAAAGGCAAGAGCACGUGGAGAAGGUGCUGAAGCCAUUGCCCACCCUCGGGGUCUCCUGGGAUCCCCAUCCCCUUCCAGGCUUUGGUUGCAGGUGGACGGGUGGGCCUUAGGACUAACCGCCCACCACGGGGCACUGUAGGGGAGGCACGGUGGCACUGGUGAUCGAGACCUCAGAUAGCAGGCGAGAAGCGGGUUGUCCCGCAGUGUGGUGUGUCAGAGGUGUGGAAGGCAGUUGGAAAUCUGCCCCGUGAGAUGAGCUCAGCGGCGAACCAAUCUGCUCUCUGCCUUUCAUGGGGAGCCAUCCGACGCAGAGUCAUUUGGGUACCACCAAAAGAGGAACCUCAUUUGUUACUAAGUGCUGGGUGAAGCAACACCCUCACCCGUUCCCUGAGCCAGGCUCCGUUCUCGAACCGCCCUUACAGCCACCCCAUUUCCCCUGCAGGAGGGAUGGGGUGAGGCUGUGGGCUGGCGUGGGGCAAAGUUGCAUCCAGCCGACACAAGGCGUGUGUUACACAAUUAUCACGACCUUACUGCAGGAUUGGAGUCUUGCACAAUAAAGAGAUGGAAAACAAAAUCAAAAUAAAUACACACACAAAAAUACAAAUAAUUCUAAUCCUUUGCAUUUUAAAUUAAAAACAGGGCACCUACGGGGCGCCUGGGUGCCUCAGUCAGUGAAGUGUCUGGCUCUUGAUUUCGGCUCAGGUCAUGAUCUCACAGUUCGUGGGUACAAGCCCCGCAUCGGGCUCUGUGCUGACAGCACGGAGCCUGCGUGGGAUUUCUCUCCCCUUCUCUCUGCCCCUCCCCCGUUUGAGUGCAUGCUAGCUCUCUCUGUCAAAAAAAUAAAAUUUUAAAUAAAAAUAAUAAAAAGGUACCUACAAUUUUUUGAAUGUACAUAAAGUGUUAUUACUUUCUUAAAGAAAGGACCAUUGAAAGGCAGAGGCUUUUAGGGAAAGGGCCCUUUGUGUGGUAGUGCACUCGUAUCUAGAAUGAUCUGCGCCUCUGAUUCAGUUACCCUGGUCAUACUGAUUUGCUUUCAAUUAACAAUUAGAUUUGUGUGCUCUACAAGGGUGCUUAGUCUGCUUUCCACCUGGCAAGGGGAAGAAGGAUACCCCUCCACCCUGCAGGCUCCCUGAGGUGCUUGGAUCCCCAGACGUGGGGGUGGGGUGGGGCAGGCAUCUGGGCCGCAGCGUCACGCGUCAGUCCCGAGAUCCCUGCCUGGGAACGGGUGUUGAAUCACACAGCCCUGUGCUUAUGUGGUGUUUAAUAGCAUUUAACUCCUUCCUUUUUCACAGAUCUCACAGGCUUGACAGAAACCUUUAGUGUUUUUUUUCUGAUCGCAACAAUAUCAUAUAAUCAUUUAAAAAAUCCGAACAACCUAAACACGAAUAGACCGUGAGCACUGCCUUAUUCAGAGCAAAGCAGAGGGACGCCCGGCUGGCUGUCAGUGGAGCGGGUGCCUCUAGAUCUCGGGGUCGUCAAUUCAAACUCCACGUUGGGCGUAGAGCUUACUUACAAACAAAAUAAAACCAGAAAGCGGAGGGUAGGGAUGGAGUCAGGAUCCGGAGUGUCUGCUCCGUGCUUUGUUCAGCGGACGUGGUAGUAACAGCAACAAUACUGGAACAGCUGGCCGUGUGAGCAUAUGCGAGAGGCCCAGGCCACUGGAAGCGCGUGUCGUGUACUGUCUGGUUGUUCACUUGCUUUUAGUGUCACUCUGUGGUUGAAACAGACCCAGGGAGACCAGUGAACUUUCCCAGUGCCACACGGUCAUGGCUGUGGCCUUCGGGGACCCCGUUCUGUCUGCCGUCCCUGAGGUACCCUGAUCUUCCCUCCAGGCCACUUUGUCACAGCCGUCAGAAUGCCGCCACCAGAGAGGCAUCUGCAGAAUACUUGCCUUCUCUCCCCACCCCCAGGCCCCCUCCCACCUCGCUCGCACCUUGGCCUUUCUGUUACGUGUGUCUUGAUCUCGACCCCGAGAUCAAGAGUGAGAGCCGCCAUCUUGAUUUGGUGUGGGCCUUCAACGUAGCCUGGUCUCCAGCAGUUGCUCAGUCAGGAUCUGUCUCAGGGUUUGAGGUUGGGUGAUGCGUGACCUUUGCAGUCACUGGGGCCAGUGUCUGGGGCCCCGGUUCCGACUUGCUGGCGGGGACCCACCUGCUGCAGCUGGGCCGUCCAAGGCGACUUCCUCACUCUCGUGUGUGGUGCCUGGGCUCCCGUGGCCAGAAGGGCAGGGGGAACGGCCGGGCUGCCCUCCUCCAUGUGGCAGGCUGCCGUCUCCUCGCGGUGUGGUCAGGCCUCCCGUUGUCUGGCUUCCCCUGGAGGGGGCACUGCAAGAGUGGAAGCUGCCAGUGUCUGAAGGUCUGGGCCCGGAAAUGGGCACAGCGUCUCUCCGGCUCCCUUUGGUCGGUCACAGAACCUGCUCAAAGGGAGGGGACGUAGACCCCGCCUGUCAGUGGAAGCCGUGUCACAGUUUGUGGGCAUCUUUAGUCGUCCCCCAGCCCCAUGUGACUGUGCCCCUACCUGUCGGCCUGGCCUUUCUCUCCCCUCAACGGGCCAACCUUGUUUCUGCCCUGCCUUUGUGUCCGCAGCCCUGUCACCUGGAAGCGUCCUUUCCCCUGUCGUCAUAGCCUGGCUCAUUGGUUAAGCUUCAGCUCACGUGUCCCCUCUUCACAGAAGCCUAAGUGACCCCACCAUCUUCCUGUCACCGUGACCUACUGCUGUUUUGUUUCCUCACUGCUAGUCUGUCUCUGCCUCCCACACCGCAGGCCCACAGGGACAGGAACCUGUCUCUGUCCGUCCUUGUCUCCCACGCCUGGUCGGCUCAGCAUGUCGGUCAGCGUCCAUGAGACCCGAAAGUCGCGGAGCAGCACGGGGUCCAUGAACAUCACCCUCUUCCACAAAGCCUCCCACCCCGACUGCGUGCUGGCCCACCUCAACACCCUGCGCAAGCACUGCAUGUUCACGGACGUCACGCUGUGGGCAGGCGACCGUGCCUUCCCCUGCCACCGCGCCGUGCUGGCCGCCUCCAGCCGCUACUUCGAGGCCAUGUUCAGCCACGGCCUGCGGGAGAGCCGGGACGACACGGUCAACUUCCAGGACAACCUGCACCCCGAGGUGCUGGAGCUGCUGCUGGACUUCGCCUACUCGUCCCGCAUCGUCAUCAACGAGGAGAACGCCGAGUCUCUGCUGGAGGCUGGUGACAUGCUGCAGUUCCACGACGUGCGGGACGCCGCCGCCGAGUUCCUGGAGAAGAACCUCUUCCCCUCCAACUGCCUGGGCAUGAUGCUCCUGUCGGACGCUCACCAGUGCCGCCGGCUGUACGAGUUCUCGUGGCGCAUGUGCCUGGUGCACUUCGAGGCGGUGCGGCAGAGCGAGGACUUCAACAGCCUGUCCAAGGACACCCUGCUGGACCUCAUCUCCAGCGACGAGCUGGAGACGGAGGACGAGCGCGUGGUCUUCGAGGCCAUCCUGCAGUGGGUGAAGCACGACCUCGAGCGGCGGAAGGUGCACCUGCCCGAGCUGCUCCGCAGCGUGCGGCUGGCCCUGCUGCCGUCCGACUGCCUCAAGGAGGCCGUCUCCGGCGAGGCCCUCCUCAUGGCCGACGAGCGUACCAGGCUCAUCGUGGACGAGGCGCUCCGCUGCAAGACCAAGAUCCUGCAGAACGACGGGGUGGUCACCAGCCCUUGCGCCCGGCCGCGCAAGGCAGGCCACACGCUGCUGAUCCUGGGGGGCCAGACCUUCAUGUGCGACAAGAUCUACCAGGUGGACCACAAGGCCAAGGAGAUCAUCCCCAAGGCGGACCUGCCCAGCCCCCGCAAGGAGUUCAGCGCCUCAGCCAUCGGCUGCAAGGUCUACGUGACCGGGGGCCGGGGCUCCGAGAAUGGGGUCUCCAAGGACGUGUGGGUGUAUGACACCGUCCACGAGGAGUGGUCCAAGGCGGCGCCCAUGCUGAUCGCCCGCUUCGGCCACGGCUCUGCCGAGCUGGAGAACUGCCUCUACGUGGUCGGGGGACACACGUCCCUGGCAGGCGUCUUCCCGGCCUCCCCGUCUGUCUCCCUGAAGCAAGUGGAGAAGUACGACCCCGGGGCUAACAAGUGGACCAUGGUGGCCCCGUUGAGGGAUGGCGUCAGCAAUGCCGCGGUGGUGAGCGCCAAGCUGAAGCUGUUUGUUUUCGGGGGGACCAGCAUCCACCGAGACAUGGUGUCCAAAGUCCAGUGCUACGACCCCUCGGAGAACCGGUGGAGCAUCAAGGCCGAGUGCCCCCAGCCUUGGCGGUACACGGCGGCUGCCGUGCUGGGCAGCCAGAUCUUCAUCAUGGGCGGUGACACCGAGUUCACGGCCGCCUCCGCCUACCGCUUCGACUGUGAGACCAACCAGUGGACGCGGAUCGGAGACAUGACCGCCAAACGCAUGUCCUGCCACGCCCUGGCCUCGGGCAACAAGCUCUACGUUGUGGGGGGCUACUUCGGGACCCAGAGGUGUAAGACCCUGGACUGCUAUGACCCCACGUCGGACACGUGGAACUGCAUCACCACGGUGCCCUACUCGCUCAUCCCCACUGCCUUUGUCAGCACCUGGAAACACCUGCCUUCGUGAGGAGCGAUGCAGGACCCAGCCAGACUCCGUGUGUCUGUCCCCACCCCGCGGCCGCAGCCCUCACCGCCAGAGUGGCCCUGACCCUGUCUGCCACUGCAGGAAGCCCGGCCCGGCCCCACACCAGCACUUGAAGUGGCCGGAAGCUGGCCCCACCGGCUCUGGGAGCAGCAUUCUCGGGGCUGUUGUGAGCUUUAGACAAGGGAAGAGAAGCUGUCUCGAGAGCCCUGUGUGUCUGCCUGAGGCCUUGGCCUCUGUGAGGUGGUUUGCAGAGGAGAGGACCUUCCAGAGGGGCGUGGACCAACCUCAGGACUCCCUCGGCCUUGGGGCAGAGACACAUCCGCAGAGUCGUGUCCUGUUGCCGCAAACCCCGCUCGGGGGGGCUGAGAGGAGCCCUGGGUGGGCUGGGGUGGGCGGCACCAGGCAGUCACACAGCACCGACCAAACAGCCUUUGCCUCGUCGCCCUGCUGUGACCGUAAUGUCACCCAGCACGGGGUGUGUCGGGCCUCAUGGAAGCUGGGUCCACCAGGACUGAGAGCAGAGCUACCUGGGAGAAAUGAAGACACACUGUGUAGGGGGCAGAAACCCAUAGGGUGACCUCAUGGCACCUGCAGGACUUCGUUAGCAAAUGGCCCCGAGACCCCCCCAGCGUUAAAGCAGAAACCCUUGUGCGCCCCUCCCCAGGGUGGGGCUGUGCUCUCUGUGACCUCCCCACCUUCCUCCCAGUCAGGGCAGCUGUGCCAGGUGCAGAGGGACACUCAUGCCCCAUCGCAGUGGGACUCUGGGCCCCCUGUCCUGUUAGACGAGGGUGCCCUCAGGGGCUUCCCCCCUCAGAGCCUCCCGGUCCCAAGAGGUGGCAAUGACCCCAUCAUCUCCCGACACGACCGUGCGGGCCCUUAGACCAGGAGCAGGUGUGAGCUGGGGACCCCAGGGUCACCUUAGGGCACCCACUCUGGAGCCCACCAGCAUAGAGGACAGCAGCAAGGCCCGUGACCCUCAGCGUCCAGCUGGCCGGUUUGCUCCCUGAGCUGCAAAAGGCAAGUGUGGUCCCCGAGAGAACUGCCAGUCCUUCGCUCAUUUCUCCACCUCCCCAGCCACUGGGUCCCUCACCGGCACAUCCCCAGUAUCUGGGGUUCUGGAGGGGUCAGCUUGCACCUGGUGUUCGGGCUUCUGGCUCAUCCCUUGCCAGUCCCCGGGGCACCACCGGAGGGGGAAGGGGCCUGCACCAAACCUGUGGCUUCCCCGGCCGCCUGCCAGCUGCCUGCUGUUCACUCGGUGCUACUUGGCCGGUUCGGGACUGGGGCCCCGGAGCGGGCUGAACUGGUGGUGGGGCCACAUCACAAAGCACUUGCUGUGUGUGGUCUCGCCCUGCCCCCUCACAGGACCUCUGUGCUGCCGCUGGGCCUGUGGGCAUCUCUCGGGGAGGGACCUCGGGGGCUAGGUUGCCCCCCACCCCGGAGCACCGGGCACUGGGCAUCAUCGAUCGGCUGCCACCUGGGGAAAAGCUGGAAGCGGAGUGUGUUCCCAAGUCCCUUGGAGGCUGCAGGCCCUUCCACAGCAGAGGCCGGCCUCCUUUGCUCCGGGAGGCAGCUCCACCAGGGAGGCCGGGAAGGCGGGUGGCGGGGAAGCCGCCCGCCGGAGGCCCCGGGCUGCAGGACGGCCAAGGUGGAGUGACCACACUUCGCGCACAGCACAGCGGGCCUUGCAGUGGUGUGUCCCCCGAGUUGUGUUCCUUCUGUUUCUAACUUAAUAAAAGAGCUGAGAAAAAUCUUGAAACCUUGCUUCUUCCCCUGGGUGCUGGGACCAGUCUUCAGACCCAAGGCGCGGGCAGACUUGGAUUUUGCCCCACUAGCCGGGGCUCGAAGUUACCCCCCACUCACUGGCGUCUGCCCCUCUGGUGAGUUGGGGGGUGCGGAGACCCCCUCCCCAGGGACCCUCCGGCACCCAGAUGAGAGGUUCCUUUCCUCGGAUUAUUUCAGCAGCAGAAUCCAGAUUGCUUUCCUGAAAAGCCCCUGUGAGGGGAACUCUAAAUGCACUCAUCUCUGUGAGCCCCGGUCGAGGGGUAGGGUGGUGUCAUCGCCCCAGGGACCAGCAUUACUUAGCCCAAGGUGGCUUCUCUGACGCUCCCGUCCCCUGAUGUCCCUUUAUGAGCCUUCGUGGCACAUGUGAACGAAGGGACAGGGCAGCGGGUGCUCGGAACCUCGGCGGUGUGCAGGCCCCCAGAACCCAAACUGACCUUUAAUGGCAUGAAGAGCUGAUUCAGAUGCCCCAGGAGUGUCACAACUCCUUUCUCACCAGGUUCAACAAGCAUCACUUGAACUAGUGAGUCAAUCUCAAAAAGAUGGCACACUUCGAACAGCCGAGCAGAGACGCCCUCCCAGCUGCCUCCGCGGCCCCCAGGCACAGCCCUGGGAGGGACACCCAGCCCUCAUACUGCCCACUCCUGCCCCGGUGGUGCAAUGACAGCCAGCCACCUUGCAGGCAUGAGACCCAGACAGGGGCCAUCAGGAGGGGGUGGGACGACCUCCUAAUGGGCCGCAGGACAGCCCGCACAGACGGUAAGUAAAGGUGUAUUUCGCAUUUAUGCAGCCUCAGUGUGAGUGUAAGCGAGCCCAGGCCAGGGUAGCUCCACAGGGUUGGUCCCCAGCCGUCUCCUAUCCUGUUGCUCUGGCAGCUUGCGUGCAAGGCUUCCAUCUCCUGGCCCAACAUGGCUACCCGGUUCCUGCCAUCUCCUCUGCAUUCCAGCUGGUAGGAAGGGAAGAAGAGGACGUUGGACCAGCAAGCCUCUUUAAGGGCACGCCCCAAAACUUGCACACGUAACCUUUGCGCAUUCCCAAGGGAGGCGGGACACGCCAGCUACAACUCCAGCGGAUGUCUAAAUCAAGGAGCGGUGGAUACUGAAGGCCAAGGAAGGAAGGAGCCUGCCUAAGCCGACCUGCCUCCCGUUCUCUGGAGCUGCGGACGUGGGACAUGCGGGCCUUUUCCAGAGCCUGGCCCCAUGUGCGUGCCAGCCUCUGUGUUGCCGCUGACCAGCGCUUUGCAUAAUUGCCUCCUUUAAUUCGCACAGUGACCCCAGAGAUGGGCAUUCUUGUCUGCUUCCUGCUGGUGAGGAACCAGGCAAGAGGUUGAAGCUCCUCCCCACGGGCUCAUACCGGUAGCGGCAGGGGGCAGAACCAGCUGGCUGUGGGUCUGUGUGUGUGUGUGUGUCCCCAAUUCAGUGAUGGCAGGGCUAAUGGAAUUGAGGUCAGGUUCUGUAAAGCACUAAAUACCACACUGGGCACCCGGAGAGCCUGGCUGCAGUGAGAAUGGCUGCCAUCCUCCCAGUGGUGGAUGUGGGAUUUGCACCCAGUCUCUGGCCAGCACACCC